ACCUUGACGGCAGACAGCGUCGCUCCAAGUGGGAGGAGUGGAGAAGCAGGCACAGAGCUGAGCAGGGGGGAAAAACAGCAACAACUAAUGGUGCUACCAUGGCAGUGUGAGACUUGGACGGAACCAGAUAGAUGAAAUUCCUCGGGAAAACCUGCUCGACACCGUCUUUAAGGUGACCCCGUCGGUUCCCACUUUUAAUGACCGACUGGCUCGCGAGUGAAGGGAGAGCAGGUGGAGACGGCGACAUUAUAGGGGCUCCUGGGUCAUAAUCGCUCCGUUCAGGCCACAAUUCAACACCGUGGCUUGUCCCCGAGUGCUGAAAGUUCGACAAGGAACCCGCUUUUGUAGUCCUUCUCCCAUCCCAACAUAUCACAUUAAGUGGCACUUUGGAUCUAUGGAAGACCAGGCCUGUGGGAUGCUGGGUCACACUGGACUAACUGGACUUUCUCAGGAGGAUGUGGGCGAUCCUGACAACACAAGGAAACACCCCAACCUUGGUCAGCCACAGCAGACUAUUGGAGACAUCCUCCAGCAGAUCAUGGCCAUCACAGAUGAGAGUCUGGAUGAGGCCCAGGCCAGGAAACAUGCUUUAAACUGCCACAGAAUGAAGCCCGCCCUCUUCAGUGUGCUGUGUGACAUCAAAGAGCGGUCAGCCCUGAGAAUCCAAGGCAGCCAAGAAGAGGGCAGUCUGGACCCUCAGAUCAUGAGACUGGACAACAUGCUGUUAGCAGAGGGUGUCGCAGGUCUGGAGAGGGGCGGGGCCUCUGCAGCAGCGGUUGCCGUGGCAGCUGGAGGGUCGCCUAAUGAUGGGAGCAGCUUAGACCACACCGAGUACAGAGAGAAGCUCGCUCACAUACGACAGAUGUACCACACUGAGCUGGAGAAAUAUGAGCAGGCAUGCAAUGAAUUCACCGAACAUGUGAUGAACCUGCUGAGGGAACAGUCCCGUACGCGACCCGUCUCACCCAAAGAGAUUGAGCGAAUGGUGGGCAUCAUCCACCGCAAGUUCAGCACCAUCCAGAUGCAGUUGAAGCAGAGCACGUGUGAAGCUGUCAUGAUCCUACGCUCCAGGUUCUUGGAUGCCAGGCGGAAACGAAGAAACUUCAGCAAGCAGGCAGCAGAUAUUUUGAAUGAAUAUUUUUACACCCACCUGGCAAACCCGUACCCCAGUGAGGAGGCCAAGGAGGAGCUGGCCAAGAAGUGUUCCAUCACUGUGUCUCAGGUGGCCAACUGGUUUGGUAACAAGAGGAUUCGAUAUAAGAAGAACGUUGCAAAGCUGCAGGAGGAAGCUAACCUGUAUACCAGGAGGUCAGCUCCCAGUGUGUCUUCAGAGGCAAGCCAAGCCAACUCCCCAGCCACACCAAACUCAGCAGGAGGAUACCCAGCCCCGUGUUACACCCCGGAUGGGAGGUGAUGAGGAGGACCUGCCUUUAGUUACAGUCUCCACGUGAGUAGCCAUGGUUGAUGCAAGUUGGCAGGACAGUGGUGACCCCCCCCCCCCGUCCCCUCCCAAGCCCCACCCAGAGAACCAGGCAGCAAGCACUACGUCACCUCCAGCUGAUGCUCCACCUUCCCAUCCUGCUCCUCAGACUUAUACAACACAGACUGCAGGCUGACCUCCAGUCGAGCCACAAACAGGCUCUGAUGCUUUUCCCACACCUCACUUUAUGAAUGUGUUUACACUUCUGUUUUUUGUUUCUUCGUCAGUUACUCACCACAUUUUCUUCAGUUUCUUUAAAUUAAUAAAUAAAUGGUGAUUGGUGAAAAGAACAUUUUUUAACGUACCACUUCACCUGUGAAGGUUUGGGGCCUAUAUGUGGCCUUGAAACAGAUGCUGAUUCAUCGUUUUAUUUCAAAGAAUUAAAAUAAGACAAGAAAAUAAUUUUUAUUAUUUGUUACUGACAAAACACAACAACAACAUCUAAAUGGCAAAAAUAACCAAAAAUGAAUAAACACAUUGUCACUUCUUAAUUUUUUGUAUUCAUUGGCGUUGCUUUGGACAAGAACAGAGUUUGAGUUUGUUUCUAUUUAUAUGAAUGUAAAACAAUAUUGCCUUAACAGGUAAUUGUGUUUCUCAGAUGCUUUAGAAUCAGUCAGACCAAAGAGGCUGUAACCCAGGAGAUCAGACGGGUGUGUCGUGCCCAUGUACACACACUUGAACUCUUUAGUCAGCUCAAAAAGUCGCGUUCAGUUUCAGAUCAUACAGCACUGGAUGGGACAGUGAGUUGUUUUUAUUCAUCUGUGCCCUCUAGUGUUGAGCAGUGCCGCUGCAUCUAAAACAACAACUGUGUUUUCUAGUUAAUCUUCACUGGUGAGUGUCAACAAAACUUGAGAGCUGGUAAACAGAGCAGAUUCUGUUAGUCAUUUAUCUAGAGGAGAAUCUGCUGAGGUGGACAGUUGUCCUGGGGUAUCUGAUAAUGUAGUGAGUGAGUUAAUAUGAUAAAAAGAAAAAGAGCCCACUAAUUGGUGAAAAAACAGUUUAAAAAAAGAACAAAAACUUACUGUCAAAGUAUUACAAUGAUUGUGAUUAUGACUUGACAGGAUGCAAUAUAGAUAUAAGAUGGUGAUCUAAUAAAAAGUGUGUAAUAUCCUGAAUUUUAGAGGGCUGUUAUUUAAUUAGUUAAAACUACAUAAUACACUCCUUUAAAAAGUCAUAAUAAGUGCUCUGUGUAAACCUAUAAUGUUACAUUAUCCUGGCAUUGUUUUGUAUUAUGCAGCCUGGUGCAUUUUGUUUUUCUGCAAACAUUAAAUUCUCUUGCUACACAGUU